AUGCUUUGUAAAGGAGGUAGAUUUAAGGUGAGUCUUACAGAAGAGGUAAGUAUAAAGCCAGCACUGAAAAAAGUUUCCGACAGAGCUGUGCUGGGACAGACUGUCUGGAGGUUCACAGCCCCUGUGGUGCGUAGGAGCCACUAUGAGGAGGGUCCAGGGAAGUAUUUACUAUUAGUGGAAAACAAGUAGCAGUUACUACUUAUGAUCACUUUGUACUUUGGAUCUGGAUUUGCUGAACCUUUCUUUGUAGUAAGACACCAACUGCUUAAAAAAUAA